UUAAAUUUUAUUUACCUUUUUCAAGCGGAGCUCUUCGAACGGGAAAACAAAACUUUGAAUGAGAAAAGGAGAAGAAAAAGAAAAGCCAUGAGAAGUUUUUCAAAAAACUGUGAUUUAGUUUUUUCGUCUACUCCUAACUAGCAUUUAUUUUGAUGGAGUAGUUUACUUAAAAUUGAACAUAAUUCAUUAAGAUGGCAGAAUUAGGGGAAGCGUUGACCGAGACGAAGAGCGAAGAAGAUAAAUUGCAAGUGGACAAGGUAGCGGGUAACGAUGAUGAUAAGCCUGCCGGGGAAAUAAUUACGGAUAAGAUGGACAUUGAUAUUAAUCCUGGUUCGGAUAAGGUAACGGAGGGUGAGGAAGAUAAGCAACAGGCAAGGUCAACUCCACCCGUGACCGAAAUGGCGACGUUCGCAACUCUUGUCCCUGUUCCUAUCGAGGCAGAACCCCCACCGGCAGCACUACCCCCACAACCGGAAGUGAAAAUUGAUGACGCUCCACCCGUCGUCCCCUCUACGUCCGCGUCUACCUCGUCGUCAGUCGAUAGCACCAUCGCCGCCGUGAUUUCAGCCUCGUUGGAAUUUGGUAAAGAAAAUUCCUCCCUUGAUUUGAUGAAAGAGAAGAAAGUCAAAGUUAAGAAGCCUUCGACGUCCCCUCGUGGAAAGGAUGGAGCAAAAUCUUCUCCCAAUAACAAAGUGUUCAAAUCUGCCACUUCAUCAUCCAAGAACAAGAGUGUAAGGAAUGCAAAGAAGUUGGGGAGCGGGGAAAAGAGGGGGCGAAAGACAAAGGAAUGGUACGCCGCGUCGGGAAAAGAGCCAGGAUUUUCGAAACUCAAGAGGUCAAAGAAGGUCUGGGAUGAUUGGGAUGAACCGACUUUUGUCAGUACGAAGGGCGACAAUAAGGCGAAAGCGGGGAGUAAGACGACAGUGGGAGGAGGAGGGACAGAGAAGAAUUCUACUUCUGUGGCAAAUGUGACGACGAAGGAGUUGUUGAACGUGAUCUCGUUGGACCACAAUUACUGCCAGGUUCUGUACUCCAUGUCGCGCUCGAAAGUGCAGCCCUUUCGCCACAUUUUUGGUCCCAAGGAUGAAUAUAAAGCCCAAUUUUAUCCGGAGAGCCUCAUCUCUCCGAAUAAGUUCCUUCCCCCGAUGUGUCUCUCACUGCCUCUCCCACAACUAGACUCCCCCCUUCCACCACCACAGGCCAAGUCGAAGUUGGAAUAUUUGCUCAAGGGUGGUUCAACCACUGUGACGCCAUGUUCCUCUCCCAUCAUUCAGCGGAUCAUGCCCCCAGCGGUGAAGAGAUAUUGGGACGUGCAUGAAGAGACGGAGGACGAGUUGGACGUUGUAACCGUCGUUCCGGGUGAGUCUCCAGGCGAAAACGUCCCCUACGACACGACCAAAGCGAGGAAUCUCAUGCUCCAGUGCGACAAACAUUCCCAAAUUAUUAAAACUUUGGAAGGCGAGGAUGACUGGGAAGAUCAGAUCUUGAGAACUGGGUGGACGCCCUCGCAGAAUAAACUAUUUGACGCUGUGAUUGCUGCCCUGCAUGCCGAACAUCUUGCCCGAUUGGCGUACGUGGACCUCCCAGCGGAGCCCAUUCUGCGCCGCUGCUCUCUCGAUAAGACGACGCGAAGGGUGCGCUCUGCGUUAACGCACGUGCUAUGGAAAACCCACGCCACGCAAUGGCUACACUCCGUCCUGCUCGAAAAUCUCAACCAGACGUAUCUCUCCAUUUAUCUGGAUGUCCUUCAGACUCUGAAAUCCAUCGCACCCAGUCUAGUGGACAAAAUGAUCGUCUUAUCGACCGCUCCAGUCAAAGAGGGCCGUCACGAGGAGGCCUUUUCCGCCAUGGAGGAACUCUCCGAUCCGAACCACACCUUCCCCCCGACCACAUUGCAAGUCCUCUCCACCAUUUCGGACAACGUGGUGCUCCCUGUCGCCGGGCAGGAGGGGGACUCUUCCACUGGCGGCGAGGCUGCCGAAAUUCCUGCUGCCAACGUUGCUGACACGCUGAAACAAGUCUUAGUCAAGAAGGCGACGCAUCUCAGCGCGAUUAGUGCCGACGCGUUGACGCUGUUGCUGAAAAAGCCGUGGGAUCCGUUCUCUCCGGUCGUACACCUCUCGAAGAUUAAAAAGUUGUCGAGCUCUCCAGUCUUUCUGUGGAUUCCGUGCGUCACGCCGGCCAAUACGCCCAUGUCGUUGAGACGGUUCAAAAAUUUUGUGGCGAUGUUGGGUGUGAUGGGAAAGGUCUUUCAACUAAACAUUAUAGCCGCUCGGUGUUCAUCAGUGGCGAAAUUCGCCCAAAAUCUGCUUGCCAUGACAAAAUCGAAGAUAUUUGAGAUUCGGAAAACAUUUCCCGACAAACCUCUGUUCCUGAUUGGAUGGGGAACUGGGUCGAUUUUGGCGACAACGGCGUCCGUGACACAUCCCGUUGAUGGCGUGAUAGCCAUGUCGUUCCCACUCUUCGGACUGGCCGGACCUCGCGGCACGUUGGAGGACAACAUCCUCGAGAUGAAGAAACCCGUCCUAUUCGUGAUUGGGGGAAGGGCUUUAGAUGUCAGUUUGACAGAGAUUGAGUUGCUCCGAAAACAGUUAAGUUGCGAAUCCUCCCUGGUCGUGGUUGGAUCGGGGGAUAAGAAUUUACGGAUCUCACGUUACCAUCGGGAACGUCUCCUCGUGACACAAUCCUACGUGGACAAGUGUCUCAUCGACGAGAUCGCCUACUUCAUCAAUCUCCACUCCAGACAUCAACACCACGCAUAUAAUCCUGCAGGCGUGCGGAGUGUUGCGGGGAUGAAGAGGGAGCCCGUCUGGACGACGCCGAAGGCUCCAGUCAAAAAGAGAAUGACGAGCGGUCAGGUCGGAGAAGGGAAAGUUUCGACCCCUCCGACAAAGGCGUUGGCGACUUCGCCGUCUCCAGUUAAGCCGACUGCGUCUCCUGUUAAGGCGACUUCGUCCCCAGUUAAGUCAACCCCUGCGCUUGGCGAGGAUAGCAAUUCUAAUAACUCGACGUCCUCCAUUCCUCCAAUAACAACGACGGCGACGGCAACGACACCAUCUACAAGUCACAGUUUCUCAGCAGAUUUCUUGGCGGGUGGAGGAACCACGGGAGUAACGUUGACUCCGACAUCGACGGUGGCGGCAGCCCCGAAGAAAAGAAAGCAGUCUGGCGCGGAUGGAAGUGGAGGAGUGAAGAAACCGAGGGGAGAGAAAAAGAAGAAAUCUGGUGGAGCGGAAAGACCGCAGGAUGUCGAUCGAAAAAUGGCGGUGAAAUCGGACCCGCCCGCUGCGACGGACUAUGUGAGCCCAGUUCUGACCUAUUUAGGCGCCACGCCAGGCCAGGGUGGCUUAUUACACAACCUCCUCAGCCCGACCAACACAUCAAAACCUGUCGUCCUAAACAUUCCCACCCCCAGUUCCACGACCCCACUGGUCCUGAAAGCCACGAAGAAACCAGCACGACCCAAAUCCGCCAAGAAAUUCACCCCGCUUCCCCCACUUCCCGCUCCACCAAAAUCACAACUUAUGGACCUCCCCGUCAUCACGGUCCCCUCGGCGUCUACCCCUCCUCAAAGUCAAGCUCCUCCUCCCCCCUCCACAAUUUUGGCCGGUGGCGCCACCGCGACUCCCGUUUCUGGCCCGGUAAUCCCCACCUUCACUUCGGUCGAUUCUAUGCGCCAGUACGUCAUGCAACAUCAGCACGUGAUGCAGCGACACUUACAAAACAUGCAACAGUCGCCCAAUUCUCCCCAGUUGUUGAGACUUCUAUCGCCCGGAGGUCAAGGCCAAGGUCACCUGGCGCACCCAAUGUACUCAUCUUCACUCCCGAGCUCCGCCCCAUACGCAGCGCCAUCGAUGGAUACUUCUUCCCUGCCAAGUACACGUAUCGACGCGGGCAAUGUCGGGCUGCCGUCAGACGUGAAUGUCACCUUGAUCAAGCCCGGACCAGGGCAGGAAGGUCAGCCUCCUCCAGGGGUCAAUAUUCCCCUAGAAUGCCCUACAUGACAACGACACGACCUACUCAGCAAGUCAUGACUACGAUGUAUCAAUCCAUCCUGCGCCCUCCCAUGACCACAACGACGACUACGACCACCACCACAUUUCGUGGCAGUGGGGGCGGGAUUUCUAUGCCGAUGCCCGUCCUGGGGGAGGGCG